CGGUCGACAUAACAGAUUCUAUUCGACAACUGUAAAAAAACCUUUGAAGCAGUCGGUUUAACUAACAUUGAAUUUGUUUAACACAUAGACCUUCGAUAACAUUUAAUCCACUAGUCCUAUUUCACUAUACACCAAGGUCAUAAAUAAAAAUGAAAAUUUCCUGUAUUUUGAUAUCAUUAAUCUGCGUUAAUGUCAUAAUGAUGGCAAAUAUAGGUAUAUUGAACUAUAUAGAGUUAGUUGAAAUUUCAAACGCGCAACUCCAAAAAGCUAAAGUCGCUAACGGAAAGGGAUUGGAGAAUGUACUUACAAACAUGAUAGAUGUAGAACACUAUAAUAUGAAGAAUUAUAAUCAAAUGUUCACUGUGCCGGAACUUGCAGAAACUCACAACUAUAACCUUCUACAAAAAGCCAUAAUGACAGAAAAAUAUGAUUUGCAACCGAAAAUAUUCGAUAUUAUAGGAAACGCUGUUGAUGAACCUAAAAGUAUUCCGGUGGCUGAUGAGAGUAACCAAAGUAAAGAAACUUCAAAAUGCCUCAAACUUGGCGAAACGGCGAAAAAUAUUGUUACUAAAAGUUUUAAAAUGAUAGGUCGUGCUCCGCAUGAUAAUGAAAAGCAAAGUUAUUAUCCUGAACCUGAUGACAAAUUCAGAAGAACUUACAUAGCUUACGCAGCUACUCGUUCUCAAACUUCACGAUUGAAAGAACUUGGAAAGGCGAGAAGAGAUAUUACUGGAAACGCUAUAAUAAAUGUACUUACCCAAAAACUAGAUGAGUUUAUUUCGGGUGGCCAGAAAUAUCCUGUUAAAAAGAUAUGUGUUUUGAUUGGAAUAUGGGUUAGUCUAAAAAUGAUUUCAAACACGUCCCCUACAAACAACGGUGAUGUAUGUGAAAUAGAACUAUUAGGGAAUAAAAGCAAAAAAUUUGUUAUGUACAGACCAUUGGACGGCAUAUAUUGUCAAAUAAAAGCAAACGACAUUAAUAGUGGAACGAAAAAACUAACUGCACAACUACGAGAGAAUUUAAGUAUUCCUCUUGAGUUUAUAUAAUAAAUAAAUAAAUUUUUCACAUUGCACUAAUUUAUUUUAUUUUGAAUAUAUUUAUUUAUUGUUAUU